UUUGAACAACUUGACGGAAGUUGACAUAUUUUCGCCGCUGUUUUUAGUUUCAGCUUUUAUUAUUGUACAUAAUAGUUCUAAUAGCAAUGCGAGAUUUAGAAUCAAUGAAAUAUGCCGAGCUGCGGCAACUGGCAAAGUCCGUAGGCAUAAAGGCUAAUAUGAAGCAAGAAAAACUGAUUGCACUGUUAAAGAAGUACUACUCUGCAAAUGAAAAUACAACUGAUGAACAAAAGCAAAACGAGAAAAGUCAGCAGAACGUGCAGAAGGCAACUCCAUCCACCACACCUGAGGUUGUCAACAAGACCAAAACAGACCCACCAAAAUCAAAUUCAUCUAAACUAUCUGCCAAGACCCUGGCGCGAGUUUCCAAGUCUCAAACUCCGAAAUCUAAGCCGACUACACCAGUGCAAAAGCCUGUUCCAGCCCAGCCUUCAGCCCCUCAAACUGACAUGACAGUAACUCAGACAAAUAAUGAACAAGAGCAAAAAAAGAAAACUGUCGCAAACAUUAAGUCCAAAAAGGCAACUCCAUCCACCACACCAGUGGUUGUAAACAAAACCAAAACAGACCCACCACAAUCAAAGGAGGCCAAUUCAUCUAAAGUGGCUGCCAAGACCCUGGCUCGAGUUUCCAAGGCACAAACUCCAAAGUCUAAGCCAUCUACACCAGUACAAAAGCCUGUUCCAUCCCAGCCUACAGCCCCUAAAACUGACGUGACAAUAACUCAGACAGAAUCAAUCACCCCAAUUGCUGCCACUUCAUCAUCUUCUACAGAGUUGACAACAGAGAAUUCUUCAGCCCCAAUCUCGACAUCUGCUGAGAGCUCCACCCCACUGACCCAGCAACGUAGUGGAUCGCGAUGGCAGAAGAAAGUCUUCACUCCCACUCAGACGUCUUCAAGCCCUGCAAAUGCCCUUGCUGGAAAACGCAAACGAUCUGAAACGCCAUCCGAUGAACAAUCUGCCAAAAAGAACAGAAGAAGCACCUUUGAGAAAGCUCCUACUCCUGGGAUCAAGACACCGGAAGUUUUCAGUCCAGCGCCUGAUGCGGAUGAGGCCAGUCCUGGAGUUGACGACAUGCUGAGAGUGAUGAAGAGUGACAUGUCCAGUCAGGAGAUGAAGGAGGCUCUCAUGACCGCCAUCGACAAGAAAGUCCACAACAAAUUGAAGAAUGCCCCUGCCCCUACAGCUACCAGCACCAACAUCCCGAGGUUUGCCGCUUUUGCAUUGAAGAUAAAGGAGGAGAAAAAGCCCAUUACUCCUGGCAACAAGGACUGGAAGAGGAUCCACGAGAAGCAAUUUGAGAAGUUUGACUCAAUCGAUGUGUACCUUGACAAGAAACGUAAGCGGGCCGAGGAGCUGACCACCUCCGUGAAGAAGGCCAGGACAAUACUGGACGAGGUGCACAAUGUGGCCAACAGGCUGAAGGCUCACAAGACACCAGUCCUUGAUGAGAAUAAGCCAGUGAAGCAGAGGAGGUCCAAUCCCAACAAGACUACCCCGUUCAAGCCAACAGUGAUCAACACAUCACAGAUGAAUCUGAACUUUGGAGCAAUGAAAUCCCCAAAAGCAUCUACUGGAAAAUCACCCAAGUCUGUCAUCUCGACAAAAGUCAAGUCAUGCACGUCUGGUCUGUCUGCUAGAAAAUCAGCUGGCAGCAUUCAACAGAAAUCAAUGAGUACUACCACCCCUUUUAAGUUCACUGCCACAGCAGGCAGUACUGCCACCCUCAACAGCACCACAAUGUCAACCAAGAAGGCCUUUGAUCUGAAGGCGAGUCUAGCAAAGCCUUUGACAUGGAAACCACACAAGGGCAAGCUGAGACCAGUUGAUGGGGGGUCAACUAAGAGCCCUGUGUAUGUGAAAACUGCUGUAAAGGAUUUAAAAACUGCUGCAAAGGUUCAGACAGAGAGGGUGAAUGCCAGGAGCACAGUGAACGAGAGACGUGCCAACAAGAAGGAGCAGGCACAGAUGGCUCGACGAGGCAUCAAGGUGUGAGAACCAUUCAGGGCUCAUUAUUCCUGCAGUCUUGUUAAGUGGGACCGUGAGAAAACAUGGUUUAAUUCAUAUAUGACACCCAUUAAAUUGGAUUUUUGUUGAGAAGAGACCCCUUGAAACAUGAUUCCAUAAAAGCGAAAAGUGUAGUCCAUAGUUAGCCUAUGCAAACUGCACAGGCAAAUCUGGGAUUACACUUCUCAAAUUCAUUAAGCCCAGUUUUCCCAGAACGUGUUUUAAAUUGUGUUUCCGAGAGUUGGGACAUUGGUUCAAAGUAAUAGCCAUCAUGAACAUUCUACAGCAGAUAUAUCAAUUGAUAUUUAGAUGUCACUGCCUAUACAACUGCCUGUUGAUUAAAAAAUGCCUUUUAAUAAUUAUUUCAAUUGGAUAUUCCAACCAAUCCACCAAAAUUACACAAAUAAUGUUUGAGGGCUGCUGUAAAAAAAAAUGUGCCAUGUUUAUAUGAAAAAUAUAUUCUUUUCUACAUCUGCUCUCAUUAUAUUAAUGAACAUAUGGAGAAAUGUCCGUUUUUAAACAUAAAUAAUAUUUUCUAAAACAUAUAGACGUCGUAGAAUAUUUCUGUGUAAGCAAAUUAUCAAAAUUUGUCAAAAAUUGGGUGGGAAAUAUAUGCAUGGGUGCAUAUAAUAUUAUUUUUUUGUAAUCAUCAUAAAUUAAGGGUUUUAACAAAAUUCAUUUACAACUGACCCACCUGCCAUAUAAAGGGUAAAGUUGUCCCAGACACAUUUCAUUUGAUGUGUUGAAACUUCUUAUUACACAAACGGUAUGAAAACGACAGAAAUCGGUACUGAGCUAUAUCCCUGUCAGGCUGUGUAGCAAAUCACCCAACAUGGUAUAUGGCAGUAUGUCGUUAAUUUCCCAUAUAAAUUUUCAUAACCAAAACAAUGCUUUUAUAAAUAAGGUUCAUUGUUCCUUUUAGUGCAAGGUGUGUUUUUUUGUAAGAAUAUACUCUUAUUAAUAUGCCAUUCAAUAAAACAUACCAGGUAACUGGUAUUAUUUCCGAGUGUUGUUAAGCCUAAUUAAAGUAUUGUAUUUAAUACUGUUAUCCCAAAAAACAUGAACACUAGCAACAAGAGUCUAUAAAAACAUAUAGUUUUAAUAUUUAUAAUUUAUAUACAUCAUAAAACUAUAUAACAUAAAACUUAAUGUUAUAUUCUUUUUAAACAAAUAGAGGUGGUUAGAAUAUUUUGGGUUUUAUAUAUCAUUUUAAGUCAUCCUGUAUAUAGAUAUUGUAUAUUAAACUUGGAUUCUGUUUUGAAUUUUCAUUAUCUUUUAUGAGCUUUAUGCCUUUAGCUUCUACAUUUAAAUGUAAAUUCUGAAAAUGUUGUGUUUUAUUUUGUGUCACCUUUAUUCCUCUGAUAUCUUGCUAUUUCUUAAUUUUCAAUUUCACCCAUCGAAACUUCAUGUUGUCAUGAUUAUACGUGCAUGUAAAUACUGUAAUUAUGCUUUAUUAUAUCAAGUGGUCACUAUAAAUCUUCUUAAUUGCUUAUCAUGUAUGCCUUGUGACUUUGAAAUUAAAUACUUUGAAUCGAU